UGACAUCAAGAUCAAGCAUUGUUAUUGUCGUCCCGCCCGCCGGCCACGAAGAUUCUCCUCAACCCUCCAUCACGCUGCCAGGACCUUGUAUUUAAAAAAGAAACAGAUUAUUACAUCGGGGAGGAGGUGCAGAAGGGGCGGGAGCAGCCAUGUGGAGCGCCGGCCGUCCCCUCGCGCUGCUGGGGAAGGCGCGGACGCCCUCCCUGCAGGCGACGCGGACGAAGUGGUGGAGAAAGAUCAUCCACAAUGUAUACCCGUCCAUGCAGGAGAGGCUGGCAGAGAUGGACCAGACAAGGAGUGACCCUGAAUUGCAUGCCCCAGUCAACAUUGGGUUGUCGAAAGGAAGCCCACCGCGACUUGAGCAGAUUAAAAGUCGACUGGAUUGCAUAGCGGAAAUCAGGAAAAACAAAAUGAUAGAGAAAGAAGCACGGAAGGGAGAAUUGAAAAUUGAUCUUGACAAAGUCCAGGCAGAAUGGGAAGGUGGUGCUGGGCCUCAUCACCACCGAGUGUUGGCUCAGCACUAUGGCAUCUUCACACAUCUCUUUGGCAACGCCUACUUUGUCCCUCGCGUUAGCCUCAACAUCGCCUAUGAUUAUGACGAAAACUCAGUUUCACCAGUGUACAGAGGAAAUACCAUCAAGCCAAAAGAGGCCUCCAGUGCACCCAACGUCCAGUACCACAGCGAGCCCAACACUCUCUGGACGCUGAUCCUCACUAACCCAGAUGGAAACUUGAUGGACAAUGACCUUGAGUGUCUCCAUUGGUUUGUAGGAAACAUUAAGGAGAGUGACAUCAGCACCGGUGAGGUGAUGUGUGACUACCUGCAGCCCUUCCCCCCUCGGGGCACAGGUUACCACCGCAUGGUGUUUGUCCUGUAUAAACAGCAUGGCCGCAUUGAUUUCUCAAAGUACAAGAGAGAACAACCGUGUUUGUCCCUGAGCGAGCGUAACUUCUCCACUCUGGACAUGUAUCGGGAGCUGCAGGACGUCCUCACCCCAGCUGGCCUCUCCUGGUUUCAGUCUGACUGGGACUCCUCACUCACUGAUUUAUUCCACAAUACACUGAAUAUGCGGGAACCAGUCUAUGAAUAUGACUUCCCUAAACCAUACCUUGCUCCUCAGAAGCUCUUCCCACACAGGAGGCAGUUCAACACGUACAUGGACAGGCAUCGAGACCCAAAGCAGGUCAGCAAGGAGAUUCUGCUGGAGCGACUGAAGAAGCUACAUCCUUUCGGCCCCGAGGCUCCACCUCUGCCCUUCCCUGCUGCUCAGCCCAUCCACCCUGACCUUACCUCCUGGGAGCGCCGUGACGUCAAGAGAAGACGAAUUGGAUUAGGAAAAUAUCAAGAUCUUUUCAGGGGUUCCAACAGGCCUGCCUAACCUGAGAAACUUAGUUGUUUACUAUGAUUCUUGCCUUGAAGAUAAUCAGAUCACUCUCUAAGAUGUGUAAAUAUAUUGAAUAGGCAUUGUAUGUGUCUACUAAUUAAAUCCUUUGAACUUAA